AUGGCGCCAUCUGUGAAUAUAGCCGAGUACUACGCAGGCAAAACGCUCUUUAUCACAGGAGCCACCGGUUUUAUGGGGAAGGUGAUGGUGGAGAAACUCCUCAGGGAUUGUUCUGAUGUCAAGAAGAUGUACUUACUCAUGAGGCCUAAGAAGGGGCAUAGCAGUAAAGAGAGAUUGGACGAACUUUUAAAUUUUAAGAUAUUCGAUCGCCUGAAAGCUGAAAAUCCGAAAUUGUUCGAGAAACUGCAAGUCGUAGCCGGAGACAUAUUGUCAGAGGACCUCGGUCUAUCGGCAGAAGAUCGUCUUCUGAUACAGGAAGAAGCACAGAUCAUAUUCCAUUGCGCUGCUUGCGUGAGAUUCGACAUGUUCCUGCGUGAUGCUGUAAAGAUGAACACAAUGGGUACCAAGAAAGUAUUGGAGCUGGCUGAGGGGGUCAAGAACUUGGAGGCCUUCGUCCACGUGUCGACAUCAUACUGCCGCUGCGAGCUGCCGUUGUUUGAGGAGAAGCUGUACCCUUCGAAGCAUAGACCUGAACAUGUGAUGCACUGCGUCAACUGGAUGGAUGACGAGCUUCUUGGACAUUUGCAGCCGAAAAUAAUCGAACCGCAACCCAACACGUAUGCUUACACCAAGUCUUUGACUGAAGAUCUGGUAUCACAGUACGAGGGCAAAUUCCCCAUCGUGAUCGCACGGCCAUCUAUCGUGGCUGCAGCUUAUAAAGAACCCCUACCAGGUUGGGUGGACAACCUGAAUGGACCUACUGGCCUAUUAGUUGGAGCUGGCAAAGGUGUAAUCCGUACAAUGCAUUGCAAUGAGAACUAUGAAGCUGAUGUAGUACCUGUCGAUGUGACGGUGAAUGCCUGCAUCAUUCUUGGAUACCUCACUGGCGUGGAGCAGCCCAAGAAGAUAAACUUCUGUAACAUUACGCAGUCACAAAUCAACCCCAUUACCUGGGGCCAAGCUCUGGAUAUGGGCAGGGUCCAUGUUCAAGAGUUCCCGUUCACCGUCUGCCUCUGGUACCCUGGUGGAUCUGCCAAGAGCUCCUGGAUAGCCCACCAGUUCGCUCUGUUCUUCACACACAUGCUGCCGGCCUAUUUCGUGGAUCUUCUCAUGUUCCUCAUGGGAAAAAAGACCUUCAUGAUAAAAAUCCAGAAGCGCAUCAAUUACGGGCUGGAAGUGUUGCAGUACUACACGACCAAGGAAUGGCACUUUACCAACGAUUACUUCGUGUCUCUACAGAACAGGAUAUCUAAGAGAGAUAACGAAAUCUUCUAUACUAAUAUGAAGGAGAUGGACUGGAGCCAGUACAUCAGGAACUACAUUAGAGGAGCUCGAGAGUACUGCUGCAAGGAAGACCCUUCCACUCUGCCCGCAGCCAGGAGGCUACAGAAACAAUUAUACUAUCUGGAUAAAGCCGUGCAAAUCAUGGUCGGAUUACUAGUAUCGUACUUCAUUUAUUAUUAUUUUAACAUGCUAUAUUCUAUGAUCAGCUCAUAA